AUGAGGCAACCCUUGGAGCAAGGGGAUAAAAGCAAGCACUGCGCCUACCAUAGGGAUUAUGGGGAUACAACCAAUGAUUGUAGAUCCCUUAGGCGGCAAGUAGAAAACAUGAUAAUCAAAGGUGAGUUGGUAGACUACCUCACACCAAAAGAGUACAUGAAGCCUCAGGAGGUCAAUCCUCGGAAAGUAGAGGGAAAUCAAGUGAAAGUUAUCCAUACAAUACAUGGGAGGUCAGAAGACGACCAAGUGUCUGAAGAGGUGUACCAAUCCAGACUGAGGACAGCUCACAAGCUAAGGAAGUUAUCCUCAGUAAACACUAUCACUUCAGGCAGUAUCAGUAUUGGGUUUGGCAAUGGAGAUUUAUCCAGAGUUCAGCUUCCCCACGAGGAUCCGCUAGUCAUCAGUCUUCUGGUGGCAAAUUGCAUGAUCAAAAGAGUAUUGGUUAACCCAAGUAGCAAUGCCAAUAUUAUCACAAAGGAGGUCUUUGAGCAAUUGGAGAUCCUGUCAUCAUCAAUUCGACCCACCUCUAGUCCUUUGAUGGGGUUCGAUGGCACAAAGGUGGACCCCAUUGGGGUAAUUGAUCUAUCCGUCACUACAUCAAAAAGGACAUUGAAGGAGAACUUUGUUCUAACAGACAUCCACCCUUCUUACAAUCUCAUUAUGGGAAGAGGUUGGAUCCACCGAAUGAACGAGGUUCUGUCCACCCUUUAUUAG